AUGCGGGUGCUUAAACGAGUGCGCUUGCGAGACGGCCUCAGCUUGCGUGUCCUCCUUGAGGAGGCUGACGACGUCUGGUUUUUGUAUAACUUCGUUGCCCAAGGAGACAAAGUGUCUGCUUCUACUAUUCGUAAAGUGCAAAAGGAGACGGCCAGUGGUGGGGUUGCAUCGGAGGCGAAGCGAGUUACUCUCUCCAUUAAAGUCAGCAGCUGCGAGUUUGAGGGGACCUCAGCGCGUCUCCGCAUCUCCGGGCACAUCUGUGAGGAGACUCCGUAUGCCAAAAUGAGCGCUCAUCACACACUGGAGGUGGGAGUUACGGAUGAGGUGUGUCUGGUAAAGGAGGAGUGGGAUGCGCAGCAUGAGGAACAAAUGAAAGAGGCUACGAAUGCAGCGGGAAAGGCAGAGGCCCUCGUGCUCCUGCUGCAGGCUGGCCUUGCGAAUUUGCUGUGUGUAAGCAACACAAGGGCCUUAAGGCAAGCAGCAUGCAUCAGUCAGCUGUACAGAAUGCUGAACAACUCAUACCACAAGAAUCCCCAACAGCCGCAACAGCUGUUGCUGUCUAGUAGCAGCGGCAGCAGGAGCUUCGAGCAGAGCUCGUUGGUCUGCUAUGGCCCUCAGGAAGUGCGUAGAGCUGCAGAGUGUGGAGCGAUUCAGAUCUUGAUGGUGAGUGAGGCACUGCUACGGAGCCCUGAACCGGGACAGAGACGAUCCUACGUCCAGCUACUGCAGAAGGCAGCGGCAGCAGGCGCGGAGACUCUCACGUUCUCGGAUCAACAUUCGACUGGCGAGCAACUUGCGCUCUUGGGAGGAAUUGCAGCCAUCCUGCGGUUCCCACUCAUGGAAGAGGCAGAAGAAAUGGAGGCAUGCGACUUGCGGGAAAGCAAACGCCUGGCACCCUGA